GAGAGAGAGAGAGCAAUUGAAAAGUUUUUCGAUAAUUAAUAGAUAGAUCCCCCUAUAAAUUGCGAAUCGGUAUAUCUGAUUGGAUCUCUCAGGAUCCAAUAUGAGUUUGAAAUAUCGUAGAGACGUUUCGUUCAGUUUAGCUACGUUUUUUCUAAGGGUCGUCGGCUUUUGGUUGGCAAGUAGUCGCCUCGAGGAAUGGUUCGGGAACGCAACAGUGAUGUACAGUAUAAUCACUAUCAUUUUUUCCAUGUGGGUACAAAUGAGAGGCCUUUACUUCUCUUGGGGAGACUUCAGUAUAUGCACUUUCAUCGCGUGCAAUAGUUUGGGACUAAUAAUGGAUUUAUUAAAGAUAUUCGUCGUAUUUAUACAUAAAAAGAAGUUUCUUGGUUUGAUCAUAUAUAUGAAGAAGAAUUUCUGGCAUUUGGAUUAUGAUCAGUAUGAAAAUUCUAUUAUAGCAGAUGCGAAACAAAUGUGUGUCUACUUCGUCUGCGUCUUCUCAUUUUUCUCUCAGUCCACGGUUUUUUCUUAUAUGUUGAUGCCAAUGAUAUCAAAUAUUGGGAAGAAUGAAUCGGAUAGGAUGCUUAUAUUUAAUAUGUGGCUAGAUCUACCAUUGUCUAUGUCGCCAUAUUUUGAAAUAAUUUACGUGAUACAGGCUUUGUGUUUGUAUCAAGUUGGAAUAUGUUAUCUUUGUGUCGACAAUAUGUUUUGCAUUAUGUGUCUACACUUAGCUAGCCAGUUUCGUAUAUUACAAUAUAGGCUAGCCAAUUUGUCAAGUGUAGAAGAUAAAGAAGGAGUCGAUAAUGAGGAAAACAUGGAUUCUUCGAACAGAUGUUACAUCAUAUUAAAAAAUUGCAUUCGACAGCAUCAAGCUCUAAUUCAAUUCUCCAUCACACUCGAAGAAAUAUUUACAAUAAUUACACUUGGGCAAGUUCUAAUAUUUAGCACGUUAAUUUGUUUCGUCGGAUAUCAAGUGCUUUUGGUAAAUUUGACUUUUUCAUGGCGAAUUUCCUUCCUAUGUUUUUUAAUAACCAACAUGAGUCAACUAUGGAUGUUCACGUACAGUUGUGAUUGCAUGACACGAGAAAGCGUGAAUGUUGCCUCGGCUGUGUAUUCUAUACCAUGGACACGUAUGCCAAUGGAUAAAUUUGGAAAAAUGAUACGAAAAGAUUUGCAAUUCGUUGUCGUAAGAUCUAGACGUGCUUGUUGUCUAACAGGUUGUGGCUUCUUUGAUAUAUCUCUUGAAACUUAUACGAAGGUAAUUUUUAACGAUAUUAUUAAAAAAGUUAAUCCUUUUUUUCGAGUUUCUUUUUCAAUAAAACUUCGAUAAAUCAUUCGCUUUAAAAAUGAAUC